AUGGGUAAAUCACCUCGCCGGCAGACUUCAGUUAAUUCGCCAAAUAUGGACACCGCUGCUUCUACGUCAUCAAAACCCAGCCAGGGUAGCAGUGCAUCAGCCGCCGUCAAUAUAGCCAGUGAUUUACCAGCCGCCCCUACAGCCACCGGAGCCACCACUCGAUCAUCAUCAGCCGCUGCCAUUGCGCGUCAGGAAAACGUGAUUGCGACUCUACAAAAACGAAUAGCCAUGCUUGAGAUCAGUUUAUCGGCCUCUCAGCCCCAGUCACGUGGUGAAACGCUCAACGUGGAUACAUCCAACAAUAAUGUCGCCGUCGAAGUUCCUUCGAGGAUAGCAACACAAUUGCCAGAAUCGCAGCAGCCAGCUAUUGCCAACUGUACAGUACCGUUGUCGCAGCCUACCGAUAUCCGUUACACGCCGCCGUUAUUUGCAGCAAGUACCGCUGCUGCAAACCACAUGUACAGCUCUACUAUUUUAGGGAUUGAUACGCCUUCGAUCCACUCUAAUUCAACGACAAUGCCUACGUUUGUUAAUACAAGUGCCACAUCUACACAGUCAUCGAGUUUGCCGAGAAAAUUGCAGGAAUUGCCCGAUUUUUGUGGAAAGCCGGAAGAUUGGCCAAUAUUUUAUACGGCUUACAUAGAGUCAACUGCAAUUUAUGGAUAUAGCAAUUACGAGAAUAAUCAACGUUUAUUAAAGUGCCUGAAAGGAUACGCGCGUGAAGCGGUCAAGUCACUGCUAAUCCACCCGGACAAUGUCGGUAAUAUAAUUGAUUUAUUAAAAUUUAGAUUUGGGCGCCCCGAGCAGUUGAUCCGCAGCCAGCUGUGUCAAGUGAGAGAAAUCGCACCUAUUUCGGAAAAUGCCAUUAUGAAAAUAAUACCGUUUGCAACGAAGGUAUGUAAUAUUUGUGUAUUUUUACAAUCUGCUCAUGGUGGUGAAUUGCAUUUGUCAAAUCCUACAUUACUCGACGAACUUGUCUCAAAAUUGCCUUUGAGCAAACGUGUCGAAUGGGCCAGCUUUGCAGCUCUUAUGCAGCCACAUGCAACAGUAAAACAUUUUAGUGAUUGGCUUUCAAAAUUAGCUAAUAUAAUUUGUACUGUUUGUGAAGACCCUUACAAGGAUUCAAAGUGCCGCAUGGUUCUACAUACAGUUGAGCCACAACGAUCAGUGAGAUGUCCAAUUUGUCAAGAGCAACACAAGAUAGCAGAGUGUGCGCGUUUUAUUGAAUAUUCAGUGCCAAGAAGAUGGGCAGAGGUGAAACGACGUCGUUUGUGUUUUGCUUGUCUCAAUUUAGGCCACUGUACAAGCAAUUGCCAUCGGCGCAAGUUAUGUUCAAUUAAUGGUUGCCGGAGAGUGCAUCAUAAACUCUUACAUGAAGUCGGGGAGAACGUUUCCAACUCGUCAGGACAGCCAACUCCGCCUUUCUCCUCUGCGAAUAUACAAGCUAAUCGUAAGCCUACAUCACCAAGUCGUUCACUCAACAACCAGCAGACAUCACUGGAAGCAAGAUCAGCAGUUCUGAGUUGCAGUUCCACUGAGAGCAAACUCCUCUUCCGAAUUUUACCGGUCACCGUAUACGGAAAUCACAGACGUGUUGAUAUAUACGCAUUGCUGGACGAAGGUUCAUCCAUCACGAUGAUUGACAGUGCCCUUGUUCGGGACUUGGGAAUGCAUGGAAGUGAGCAAUCUUUAAAUGUACAGUGGUUCGGAGGACGUGCCGCGCAGGAAUCAACGUUUGUAGUGGACUUAUUCAUCAGUGGCGCCGGUAUGCAGAAACAACACAAGCUCCGUAAUGUGUAUGCUGUGUCGAACCUACAGCUUCCUGUACAGAGUUUAAGCAGAGUAGAUUUGGGUCAUGAGUAUAGACACGUAAGCCAACUUCCGGUACAAUCUUACCCCCAAGUCAGGCCUAAGCUAUUAAUUGGUCUCGACCACUGCCAUUUGGGAUUACCAUCGACGACUGUGAAGGUAAAGGAGCACGGACCAUUCAUUGCUAAUACAGAGUUGGGUUGGGUUGUCUUCGGCCCAACAUCUUCUCCACAACCGUCUACAGUAUCGUGUUUAUGCGUGAAUAGUCGAGCUGAUCAGAGACUUCACAAUAUGGUAUCUAAAUUUUUCGAAAUUGAGAGUUUUGGUAUUAGAGCUGCACCGCCGAUAGAAAGUGAGGAGGACAUCCGUGCCAGAGAUGUCUUGAAGUCUACCACAUGCCGCGUAGACGGACGUUUUAAAACGGGUCUUAUAUGGAAAAGUGACAAAGUUAAUUUACCCGAUAGCUACAAUAUGGCGUUGAAACGAUUAGUCAGUGUAGAGCGAAGGAUGAUUCGUGAUGCAGAUUUUGCCGCCGAAUACAAGAACAUCAUGGACUCUUACGUCACAAAGAAGUACGCACGAAAACUGCCGCCAGCAGAAGCUGCUGUGAGUACACCUACAACUUGGUAUUUGCCACACUUUGCCGUUGCUAAUCCCAACAAACCCGGAAAACUACGUAUGGUUUUCGACGCCGCUGCUGAGAAUAUCGCAGUUGCCGUAUGUGGAGACAUCAAGGAGAUGUUCCACCAAGUCCUUAUACGAGAAGAUGACAGAUGUGCACAGCGGUUCCUUUGGCGUGAUGGUGAUGCUACGCAACCGCCGGAUGUUUACGAAAUGUGCGUGAUGACGUUUGGUGCUGCUUGUUCACCAUGUGCUGCAAAUUAUGUAAAAAAAGUCAACGCGCUGGAGCUCCAAAAUAAGCAAGGAACCACGGCCCGCGCAGUAAAAGCAAUAUUGGACCACCAUUAUGUCGAUGACUUCGUUGAUAGCUUCAAAUCGGAAGUGGAAGCAAUUUCAAUGUCAGAACAGGUCCGAGCGAUUCAUAUGGAUGCUGGGUUCGAGCUUCGCAAUUUCACAUCCAAUUCUUCGAAGGUGUUAACCGCGCUUGGUGGUACUGAUGUUACACGAUCGAUUGGCAAGAAAGAAGGUUUCGUUGGUGAGAAGGUACUAGGCUUGUUUUGGCAGCCAUCAUCAGAUUGUUUCGGCUUCAAACUGAAAUUCCAUAACGUUUCUGAAGCGGUGAUAAAUGGGAAGAGACGCCCUACUAAAAGGGAACUUUUAAGUAUCGUCAUGUCGAUAUUUGACCCUCUAGGGUUUCUGAGCAAUUUCGUCAUCGGAGCCAAGUUGCUUAUGCGUGAGCUUUGGAAACACGAUAUCCACUGGAACGACCCAUUGCCAAACGACGUAAAUGCUGCUUGGGUGAAGUGGCGUAAACAACUACCCGAGAUUGUCAAGUAUGCCAUACCUCGUUACUAUUUCAGAAAUUGCGCACCUCAGGUACUUCAACUCCACAUAUUUGUUGAUGCUAGUGAGGAUGCCUUUGCCGCCGUUGCUUAUAUACGAUCUCAAUCUUUAUCUGGUGAAUUUGAUGUUGCAUUCGUUUGUGCCAAGACAAAAUGUGCGCCAAUGAAAACCCUCACCGUGCCACGCCUCGAACUUCAGGCAGCGAUUUUGGGCACUCGCCUUAUGCAGUGUAUCCGCGACGAACAUUCUCUAAACAUCAAAGAAUGUAUUCUGUGGAGUGACUCAAAAACGGUCAUCAAAUGGAUACAGAGUGAACAUCGUCGUUAUAAGCCUUUCGUUCAGCAUAGGAUAGCCGAGAUAUUGGCUUCAACAAGCAUAUCAAAUUGGAGAUGGAUACCCACUAAGCACAAUGUAGCCGAUGAAGCCACGCGAGCAAAUGAUUGCACCAAUUUUAAUCCAACAGCACGUUGGUCACGGGGGCCCCCGUUCUUACACCAGGACGAGCAGGCUUGGCCUUCUGAAGACGUAACAGUUUCUAGAAAUGAUGAACCUGAUGAAGAGCUUCGGUCCAAAUUCGCUUUAGUCAUCCUUCAUGUCGACGGGAUAGACAUACCUGUAGUUUUUCAUGUGGUAGAGCAACGGGAUAUUUGCUAUUCGGCAAUCAUAGGUAAUAAUAUCCUGAAGUGUGUCGAUCUAGAAGUGUCAGAGAACGGUGUAAAGUUUUUAAAGAAAAAGGGUAAUAAAUCCGAAGCUAGGAGUGAUAAGAUAGAUAAAGAAAAAGUGAGAACUAAGGAAGGAGAUUUAAUACGCGAAUGGAUGCAUGAACGCAGCGAGAUUGGGUUGGUAGCUGCUGAACAAAGCAAUAUGGAAGAGUUAGAUUUACAUCAUCUAAGAAAGGAUCAAGCGGACGAAAUAGCGAGCUUGCUUGGAGAAUAUUGCCCAAAACCACAGUAUAAAUCACCAAUUGAGGUGAAGAUUAUGUUAACGGAUGACAUACCAAUUUAUCAGGGUCCACGUUGGAUGCCUUACGUGGACAAGUGA